AUGGCAAGAUCAUCUCCAUUUGACAAGCUUUUGAUGGUGCAGUGCUUGAAACAAAAAGGACAUGUGGUUGCAGUAACUGGAGAUGGCACAAACGACGCACCAGCUUUAAAAGAGGCUGAUGUCGGACUCUCAAUGGGAAUUCAAGGCACCGAAGUUGCAAAAGAGAGCUCAGAUAUAGUCAUUUUAGAUGACAACUUUGCUACUGUCGUCACAGUUUUGAGGUGGGGGAGGUGUGUUUAUACCAACAUCCAAAAAUUUAUCCAGUUCCAGCUGACUGUGAACAUUGCUGCUCUAGUAAUCAACUUCAUUGCAGCCGCUUCUGCUGGUGAACUUCCUCUUACAACAGUCCAAUUGCUAUGGGUGAACCUCAUCAUGGACACUCUGGGAGCCCUCGCCUUAGCCACAGACAGACCUACCGAAGAGCUCAUGAAAAAACCACCAGUGGGUCGUAACCAGUCACUAAUUACGAAUGUCAUGUGGAGAAACCUCGUCGCCCAGGCUUUAUAUCAGAUAUUCGUCCUCUUAAUCCUGCAAUUCAAAGGAAAUGUUAUAUUCGGAGUGAAUGAGGAUGUUAAAAACACCCUAAUCUUCAAUACUUUCGUUCUGUGUCAAGUAUUUAAUGAGUUCAAUGCAAGGAAGCUAGAGAAGAAGAACGUGUUUGAAGGAGUACUCAAGAACAAGUUGUUUCUAGGGAUCAUCGGA